AAAGCGAACCGCUCGUAUGCAAAGCUGCAAAAAAAGCCCCCCUCUCUUUUUGUGAGUAUAUAAAAGGCAUCAUUUCGCAUCAUCGCUUUGUUUUGUUGCAACACGGCGAGCGUGGAAGGAAAGCCCGGCCCCAAUAUCAUCUGCAUAUCCACGCGUGGAAGGAGGAAGGCGGAGGAGGAGGAGAAGAAGGCGUAAACCUCUCCCGCAAGGCUUUCCUUACCUGUUUGGCAGCGGGACACUAUGGAGUUAAUUUAAAGAAAGGUGCUCAAGGAAUAAUCAAGCAGAGAGGCCUGGACGCAAAAAAAGUCCUCCAUUCUUUUUUAUUUUUGGCUCAGAUCAUCUCACCUGCUGCUUUUUCGGACCGGACCAUGGACUGCACCCUGGGGACGGUUCCACACGAGCUGGGUGCCGCGGAAAAGAGUCGCCAUGCGUGCAUGUGGAAGGGAUAGUUAAUUCGGCUAGAGUUAGGAGGCCUUUUGUGGGUCGCUUUGUGGUUACGCAUCUAGUACGUCCAGUGCAUGGCCCACAGACGGAGUGGCAACGACCAUGCACAAACCCCUCCGAACCUGGACCUUCUACCCCGUGUUCCUGUGUUUGGGCAUCAUCUACCUCAGACUUGGGGCCCUGUCCUCAGUCGUGGCUCUGGGCGCCAACAUCAUCUGCAACAAGAUUCCCGGGCUGGCACCUCGUCAGCGGGCCAUCUGCCAGAGCCGCCCGGACGCCAUCAUUGUAGUGGGCGAGGGCGCCCAGAUGGGUAUCAAUGAGUGUCAAUAUCAGUUCCGCUACGGACGCUGGAACUGUUCAGCGCUGGGGGAAAGGACGGUCUUCGGUCAGGAGCUGCGUGUAGGCAGCCGGGAAGCAGCGUUCACUUAUGCCAUCACGGCAGCGGGCGUGGCCCACGCUAUCACGGCGGCGUGCAGUCAGGGCAACCUGAGCCAGUGCGGCUGCGACCGGGAGAAGCAGGGCUACUACAAUCAGGAGGAAGGCUGGAAGUGGGGCGGGUGCUCAGCCGAUAUCAAGUACGGCAUCGAGUUUUCCCGUCGAUUCGUUGACGCUCGGGAGAUUAAGAAGACUCCACGUCGACUCAUGAACCUGCACAAUAAUGAGGCGGGACGAAAGGUUCUCGAAGAAAGAAUGAAGCUAGAAUGCAAGUGCCACGGCGUGUCGGGCUCCUGCACCACCAAGACGUGUUGGACGACGCUCCCCAAAUUCCGAGAGAUCGGCUACGUGCUCAAAGACAAGUACAAUGAAGCCGUGCACGUGGAGGUGAUGCGAGCCAACCGGCUGCGGCAGCCCAGCCACCUGAAGGUGAAGCAGACUCAGGGCUACCGCAAGCCCAUGGACACGGACCUCGUGUACAUCGAGAGGUCGCCCAACUACUGCGAGGAGGACGCGGCCACGGGCAGCGUGGGCACCCAGGGCCGCCUGUGCAACCGCACCUCGCCGCACACGGACGGUUGCGACCUCAUGUGCUGCGGGCGGGGCUACAACACGCAUCAGUAUACCAAAGUGUGGCAGUGCAACUGCAAAUUCCAGUGGUGCUGCUUCGUCAAGUGCAACACGUGCAGCGAGCGGACGGAGGUGUUCACCUGCAAGUAGAGGAUGAAGAGAAUUUUGCCAUUGACACUAUCAGCUCUUCACGGCAUCGUUUUGCACACAAGAAUCUUUAAAUUGCUUUCCACAGAGUAAAAUCCAGUAGGCGACAUCACGCGAGGACGUACGCGCGAGAAGAGUGAGACGUGCACUCUGGGAUUUUAGGACCCACAAGUGACAUUAGCGAAAAAACCGAAGUAAAUAAACACGAUUGGUGGACGCUGGAACUCGAACCAAAAAAACAAAACAAAACAAAAAAAUAAAAAGCUGAGAACUCUGAGAAGCCUCUGCUGCCAACUGGAAUACGGUGGAGUUAUUGUUAGUCUUCCAGUCACACUGGAACUGUCUGUUCUGAACACUGAAAAAUAAAUUGUUUAUUUAUGUAAUAGUAUCUUAAACAAAAACAAAGCACUAACGGGUAGAGAUGUCUUUUUUUGUACUAAGUGUAAAGAAAGUACUUUAGGAGCUCUGACUGAAGCUGUUCAUCUUUAAGAAAACACCCCAUCCGACCCUAAAACACCUCAUGUUCUCUUGUUCAAAAGAGCAUCGUUAAAACGUGUCUCGCAUUCCCGACGCCCCGGCUCUAUUUAAGUGUUGCAUCGUUUGUUGUUUUGCGCGGUAACGUCUUGUCGGAUGUCCGAGCAGCGGGAAUGUUCCUGGAAGCUGGAUGUUGUUGUCGAGUGCUGCACUGAUACUUUCUCUUCAGUCGUGCUAAAUAAAAGUCCCCAUUUGGAAAGUACUCGCAAAGGCACUUUUAUUGAUGUCAGCGUUGACCUUUUGGUUGCCUCGACGCACUCACUUAGUAUUACAUUACAUUACAAUGGCAUUUACCCGUUUAGUGCGGAACCUGUGGCCUCAAAUACCCUAGCAAUAUCAAAGAAAUCCACACAGGGUCGCGGAAUGUACAACCUCAGACGUUCCACUGAGUGUUUCAUCAUCGAAGUUCAAAAUAAGAGUAUUAAUAGAAAGGUUGCAAUCGAGCCAUUAAUCGGUGACAUUCAUGCAUGACAAAAUCAGUGUGCAAAACUACUGACGACUGCCAAUAAAACAUGACAACUCCCUGAACAAUGAUCACGAUAAUUUGUGUGUGUGUGUGUGUAGUUAUAUUAGUGUUUUUCAAUCGGUGUGCUGUGAGAGAUCGU